AUACGAUACGUAUAAUUCCAAGGUUGUCGUUAUCAUGAGUGUGUUCAUCGCAGAUAACUUUAUUUACAGAUACUUGAAACAAUCAAUCUUUUUAAUGUGUAUUUCAGAAAGUGUACCGUGGUAACUGCACACUGCACUGUACCCAUACCAAGAUGAUUUUGUUGUUCUCAAUUAUCCUAUCUACACUACUAUUGCUUUUGUAUUUUCUACGACAAAAGUACGCAUAUUGGAAAAAUCAGGAAGUACCGUUCCCUAAAACAACUUUACUAUUUGGAAAUAUUGGAGAGGUUCUUUUUUUGCGUACUACACUUUCAGAAUUUUUCGAUCGUCUUUAUAGGACCUAUGAAGACUAUUCUUACGUCGGAUUUUACAACUUCCUGACACCGGCAGUAGUCAUUCGAGAUCCUCAGAUUAUAAGCGAAGUUCUUAUUCAGAACUUUGAAAGUUUCCACGAUGUGUUUAUAAGAACACCGGACGAUAUUGCCAAAAUAAAUCCGUUUUUCGUCGAAGGCGACAGAUGGAAGGAAAUGAGAAAGGAAAUUGCUCCUCAUUUGUCGAGCCUAAAAAUCAGAGAAAUGAGACCGCACAUAGAAACAGGUUGUCGUCUCAUGAUAAAAUAUAUUGAAAAUUUAAAUGGUGAUAAUGUAGAUGCUGAAGAUAUUACCUGCAGGUUUACUGGAAAUAACGUAAUGGCUUGUGCGUACGGUCUUGAAGGGAGGUGUUUUGAGGAAGAGUAUCCGCUCAUUUUGAAAAUAAGGGACGAUAUGACUAUACAUAAUCCAACGAUAGCAGCGAUAAACAGCACCAUUGGAAUUUUAUUGCCCAAUAUAGCCAACCUGCUUAACAUGUCAUAUUUGGGUAAACACUUUAGCCAACAAUUUCGAGACAUGAUUUCAGAAGCUAUAAAGACAAGGGAAAAUGUAUACAACUCGGAUUACUUAAAUUUCCUCAAAGAAGCAAAGGAAAAAUAUCAAGAUCUCACCCAUUUUGGUUAUGCGGCCAUGUUUUACUUAGACGCGUUUGCUACAAGUGCUCUUGCUUUUGCGUACGCAUUAUUAGAAUUAUCAUUAAAUCCUGAGGUUCAGUUAAAGGCUCAGAAGCAAAUAGACCAUGUUUCUGAAAAAUAUAAAACAAUCUACUCCGAAGAAGCUCAAAAGGAAGUCGACUAUAUUGACAACAUAAUUUUAGAAACCAUUAGAAUGCAUACUAUUACAAAAUUUUUGAAUCGGCAGUGUACAAAAGAUAUUCAUUUAUCUCCACCAAAGCAUCCUGGUGCAAGAGUUCUCAUUAAGAAAGGCACUCAAGUUUUUAUACCGUCGUACGCAAUACACCAUGACAGCAUGUAUUAUGAGCACCCCUCUCGAUUUAAUCCCGACCGUUUUAGUUUGGAGCAACUAAAUUCUCGCCCGAAAGCGUGUUAUUUGGGCUUCGGCGAUGGACCAAGAGUUUGCAUAGGGCGAAAGUUUGGGGUAACGCAAAUAAAGAUGGGAUUAACUGCAAUAUUGUCAAAAUUUGAACUUCAUUUAGAUGAGAAAACCAUUUUGCCAGUAGGCGAAGGUACGGAUCAUCUAAGUAAAACUCCUAAAGAGAAAAUAUGGAUCAAAUUUUGUCCAAGAAAGUAAAUACAUGGCGUGAAGAUGCAGACUGUUUGCUUAAAAAGCAAAAGACGCAAAUAGAGCGGAAGUCCUAACUACAUAUAUACCUAAGGAAAUGCAUGGGAAAUAUGAGCAUAUGUCCUUUAUUAGUAUAAUAUAGUGUAAUAUCACAUUAAACAAAAUAAAGGUUUAUAAAUGUAAUAUACCACUA